AUGCUAUCUCUACCUGCUCUAACCUCUGACAUCACUGUCUCCACUGUUGCUGGCGCUAAAUUGACUCCAUCUGUUCGUCGUCCAAUUGAACCAGUUGGCAAAGAUUUUAUGCACCAUGCCACUAGAACUCUAAGAAACCACACUUGGUCUGAGUUCGAGAAGAUUCAAGCCGAACAAAAUGUCAAGACUGUCGAUGAAUCCAAUGUUGACCCAGAUGAAUUAUUGUUCGACACUGAAUUGGCCGAUGAAACUUUACUUGGUCACGAUGCCCGUGAUUGGAAGACUGCUGAUUUAUAUGCUGCUAUGGGUCUAUCCAAGCUACGUUACACAGCUACUGAAAAUCAAAUUAUCAAAGCCCACAGAAAACAAGUUGUCAAAUACCAUCCAGAUAAACAAUCUGCUUCCGGUGCUAGUUUAGACCAAGAUGGUUUCUUUAAGAUUAUUCAAAAGGCCUUUGAAACCUUGACUGACAAGAACAAGAGAAAGCAAUACGACUCUUGUGAUUUUGUCGCUGAUGUCGAACCACCAAAGAAGGGCUCUGAAUAUGAUUUCUUCGAAGCUUGGGCUCCUGUUUUUGCCUCUGAAGCACGUUUCUCUAAGAAGACUCCAGUCCCAGAAUUAGGUAACCUAGAAACUUCUCAAAAGGAAGUUGAACAAUUCUUCUCCUUCUGGCACAGAUUUGACUCCUGGAGAACCUUUGAAUUCUUAGAUGAAGAUGUUCCAGAUGAUUCUUCUAACAGAGAUCACAAACGUUACAUUGAAAGAAAGAACAAGGCUGCUAGAGAUAAGAAGAAGACUGCUGACAACGCUAGAUUGGUCAAGUUAGUUGAAAGAGCUAUGAACGAAGAUCCACGUAUCAAGAUGUUCAAAGAGGCUGAAAAGAAGGAAAAGGAAAGAAAGAAAUGGGAAGCUGGUGCUGGUGCUAGAGCUGAAGCCGAAGCUAAGGCUAAAGCUGAAGCUGAUGCCAAGAGCAAGGCCGAGGAAGAAGCUAAGGCUGCUGCCAAUGCCAAGGCUGACAAGAAAAAGAGUAAGGAAGCCGCCAAGGCUGCUAAGAAGAAGAACAAGAGAGCUAUCCGUAAUGCUGGUAAGGACAACGAUUACUUCGGUGAUGCUGCCCAAGCUGCUGCCAUUGAUGAACAAAUCACUUUGAUUGUUGACUCUCUAGAUGAUGAACAAUUAGUCGAAGUUUCCGACAAGAUUAAGGCUGACGCUUCUGCUUCCAAGACCAUCUUAUCCGAAACUGCUAAGACUUUCGUUGAAUCUGGAAAACUACCAGCCAGUCUUGUUGCUUACUUUGCUUAA